CUUUCUCAAUCAUUUAAAUACUAUUUUAAUUUUAUUUAAUUUAAUUAAUGGCUGUUUUCAUUAAUUCUUAUUUUACUUUCACUAUUUUCUUCCUAAAUUACUUAUUUUUUCAUGCAGAUUCAGUUAGCAGUACUACUCCGUCACCUUCAAAUUCCGUUAAAAAUGGCCCCGGAAAAUGGGUCGGGCCAUCGGGUACCCGACAUAUCUCCGUUAACAUUCACGGUUUCGGUGAUUACCAAUCGGUUCAAGCUGCAGUGGACUCAAUUCCUCAAAAUAACAACAUGAAUAUCAUUAUUGACAUUUGCCCCGGUUAUUAUAUUGAAAAAGUGGUGGUGCCAGAAACAAAGCCAUACAUAACAUUUCAAGGAGCAGGUAGAGACGUAACAGUAAUAGAAUGGCAUGAUAGAGCAAGUGAUAAAGGAGCAAAUGGACAACAGCUUCGUACAUAUCAAACAGCAUCUGUUACAGUUUAUGCUAGUUAUUUUUCAGCUAGAAAUAUUAGCUUCAAAAACACAGCACCAGCACCAUUGCCAGGGAUGCAAGGAUGGCAAGCAGUGGCGUUUCGAAUCUCCGGCGACAAAGCUUACUUCUCCGGCUGUGGAUUUUACGGUGCACAAGACACUCUUUGUGACGACGCCGGCCGCCAUUACUUCAAAGAAUGUUACAUUGAGGGUUCUAUUGACUUCAUUUUUGGCAAUGGUCGCUCUAUGUAUAAGAACUGUGAGUUACAUUCAAUUGCCAGCAGAUUUGGGUCCAUUGCAGCCCAAGAUAGAAAAUCCCCAGAUGAGAAGACUGGAUUCGCAUUCUUGGGCUGUAGGGUUACUGGGUCAGGCCCACUUUAUGUGGGCCGUGCUAUGGGCCAGUACUCAAGAAUUGUCUAUUCGUACACAUACUUCGAUGACGUUGUGGCCCACGAUGGCUGGGAUGACAUGGACCACGUCAGCAACAAGAACAAGACAGCAUUUUUCGGUGUAUACAAAUGUUCAGGUCCAGGAGCAGCAGCAGUGAAAGGUGUAUCAUGGGCCCGUGAACUGGAUUACGAUACGGCCCAUAAGUUUCUAGCCAAGAGUUUUGUUAAUGGACGCCAUUGGAUUGACCCAUCAGACGCUUGAACAAUU